AUGCUGCUCCGGAAUCUGCUUGCUCCCCUCGCCCUCCUCGCGUCGACCGCUCUCGCCGCAUCGUCCUCGCCCGACGUCGAGGCGACCGUCAAGUUCCCGGACGACAACCCUUUCGGGCGCGUCAGCAACGGCCGGUCUGACAAUCUCUUGCAUGUCCGCGUCAACAACCACGCUUCUGAGCCGAUCACCGUCACUAACGUCCGCGCCGAGUACCGCGAGGCGUCUGGCAAGGAGCGCAAGAUCCGCGACACCACCAACCUCCGCCUCGGCCUCGCUGUCGGCCCGAACGGCAAGUCGCCCUUGAUCCCGUACCGCUUCCACUCGGAGAACAAGAUUGGCGAUGUCGGCCUCCGCGUCUUUGUCGAUUACACCGACGCGAAGCGCAAGGUUCACACCGUGACCGGUUACGACUCGACCGUGACCAUCAUCGAGCAGCCGGGAUCGUGGUUCGACCCGGCUCUCCUCUUCGCCUUCCUCCUCUUGAGCGGUCUCCUCGGCGGCAUCGGCUACCUCGUCUACACGUCGUACUUUGCUCCCCCGCCCAAGGCGAAGAAGGCCGUCGUUGCCAAGUCGAACAAGAUUGUCGACGAGCAGACGGGCGAGAAGCAGACUGUCGACGAGUCCUGGGUCCCUGACCACCACCUCAGGGCGAGGAAGGGCAAGGGCGGCAAUACGAGCGCGACGAGCGGCGACGAGAGCGAGGGAAGGAGCACGCCGCGCAGGAAGGGCGGCAGGAAGUGA